AUGUCCAGGGCUUGCUUGCACGUACGACGAUUUUGUCGCGACAACACACUGCUCGUGAUGACGAUCGUGUCGGUAGUGCUCGGAGUGACGCUGGGAUUCGGUCUUCGUCCACUGAAUCUUUCAGCCGAAACACUUCAACUUAUUAAUUUUCCUGGCGAGAUAUUCAUGCAAGUGCUGAAGAUGAUGAUUUUGCCGCUGAUAUUCUCGUCGCUCAUUUCCGCUCUGGCUCAAAUGGACGCGAAGGAAUCGGGACAAAUGGGUUUGGCCACCGUGCUUUACUAUCUUACCACAACUGUACUUGCAACACUGCUAGGAAUAUUCCUUGUUAUGACGAUACAUCCCGGUGAUCCUUCUAUAAAAGCUGGCAAUCUAGCCGAGGUACCUGUCGAUGCUGACGUUUCGCCUAUGGAUACGUUUCUGGAUCUAGCGACGUUCGAGCGAGUACAGACGACGUAUGUGGCACAGAGGCCGCGAAUCUCGAAAAACGCCUCCGACGAUGUCAUCAUCAUGAAGAAAGCAAUUAGCACAACUCGUGGCAUGAACAUUCUCGGCAUUAUUGUUUUCUGUACGGGUUUCGGUAUCGUGAUCUCACAACUCGGCGAACGAGCACGAAUCGUCGUCGACUUCUUCGUGAUUUUAGACGCCGUUAUUAUGCGAUGGGUUGAGACGCUUAUGUGGUUCGCUCCGCUCGGUAUCACAUGUUUGGUUUGCGGGAACCUACUGGAACUUGAUGAUCUUUCCGAUACCGCAAGUGUUCUACUACUGUGA